ACAAAUAAAGAAAGAAAGAAAGAAAGAAAGAAAGAAAGAGAAAAAGAAAGGAAAGAAGAAAGACAGGAAGAAAGAAAAAGAAAAGACGAAGGAAAAAAUAUAAAGGAAUAAACAAAGUAUUAAAAAGAGUGUGAAGAUAUAUCAUCGUCUACGUCAUCAAAUCUUCGUCGUCAUCGAAGUUAGUUCCAUGUGGGGAGAGGGAAACUAUCAUCAUCCGGUACUACUACUACUACUACUACUACUAGGACGAAAGAGGGAACUGUGGUAAAGCUGGCUGAGAAGGAACGAAAAGAAAAGAAAAAAGGAAAAGGCAAAGAGGAGAAGAAAGAAGAAAAGAAGAAAAAAGAAAAGAGGAAAGAAGAAGAAGAAGAAGAAGAAGGAGAAGAAUCAUAAGCGAGAGGUCUCAAGGGGGCAUGAUAAGCAAGGACGCGAUUUCGAGAAGAGAAUCAGGUGUCGCUGUGAUAGACGAUUUUUCUGUACUCGAUAGAAUAGUAGUGCGAGAGAGAAACAAGAUUCGACGGAUUAAUCGAGAAGUUUUACGAAAAUUAUUAAUGACGGAAUGACGGGACCUUCAUUAUCAUUUAGAGAAUACGUCAGCAAUAUGGCCAAAAAGAUAUACGAGCGAGCUAAAAAGUGAUUUUUAGCGUAAGCUCGAUCGAUCGAUCGAUCGAUUUUUAUAAACUCGAAAGAAGGAAGAGAACGAAUCACGAAAAUACGGAAUAGAAAAGUGAAACGAAAUAAAAAGAUAAGACCUCUUUCCCUCAAAGGAAAAACUUUUCUUCCAAGAUAAACAACGAUUAAUUCGAUCUUACUUUAAGAAAAUUCAUACGGUGAACCGACGAAGGCGACGCACCACGUCGGAUGAUCGUUAACGAUGGAAUCAUUCUUACUGUGACACUAGGCUGGUUGGCCUAAUCGCCGAUGAAAAUUCUUCUUACUUUUAUUAUCGCCAUAAUCACCAGCACCACCAACAACAUCACCACCGCCACUUCUACCACCGCUACCAUUAUCACCAUCACCGCCAUCACCACCACCAGUUCUUCCUCCAAGUGUACCAAUUUCCAAAAAAUCCUCAAGUUCGUUGAGUAAAAAAAGAGAGAGAGAGAGAGAGAGAGAGAGAGAAGAAGAUUUUCACCAUCGUGGCCAUCAUCGUCCUCUCUUACACAUCGUUUACCGAAAUAUAUAUAUAUAUAUAUACACAUAUAUAUUAUUUUCAAGGUCAUCUUGACAAGUGCCGAUAAGUGCCAAGAGAAAAUUCUUUUUUUUUCGUUGCUGUAUCUGUCGAAAGGUGAAAAUAAAAAGGAAACGAAUAAGGGAAAGGACGCGGGACAAGAGGGUAAAAGGGAAAAAGGAAAAAAAAGAAAGCAGAAAAGUGGGUGGUGACAAAGGGAGGAAAAGAGACGGAGAGAUAGAGAAACAGACAGAGACGGAGAAAGAAAGAGAGAGAAAAAAAGUGAGACGGAGAGAGAUAGAGCGAGCAAGCGAGCGAGCGAGAGAGACAGAGAGAGAGAGAGAGAAAGGGUGUCCUCGUUGGGGUGGCAGAGUGAGCACGAUAGCACCUCUGGUGCCCUCGGCCGUGGGUCCCGAGGGGACGGACGCCAUGGCGGCCUCUUCGUCCUCGUCGAGCGGCGAGCAGCAAUACUCACUCAGGUGGAACGACUUCCACUCGAGCAUCCUUAGCUCAUUCCGUCAUCUCAGGGACGAAGAGGAUUUCGUCGAUGUGACAUUAGCCUGCGAUAGUAGCAGCUUCACUGCUCACAAGGUCGUCCUCUCUGCCUGCAGCCCUUAUUUCAGGCGACUACUUAAGGCAAAUCCAUGCCAGCAUCCAAUUGUGAUAUUAAGGGACGUUGCUUCUUCGGAUAUGGAGUCCCUAUUACGGUUUAUGUAUCAUGGAGAAGUACACGUUGGUCAAGAACAAUUGGCUGCCUUUCUGAAGACCGCGCAAAUGCUUCAAGUUCGAGGAUUGGCGGAUGUUAACAGUGGUGCUGCUACAGCAAAAAUUCCACCCCCACCUUCGUCGAGUGGCAAUAAUGGUAGUGCACCUACGACGCCACGUAAUCCAUGGCAAGAUAACGGCAGGGGAGAUCUUAAUGAGAGUGGCUUGAGUCCUCCACCGGAUAAGAGACCUAGAAGUUAUAGUCCCCCACUGGGUAAUCAUAUCGAGCCAAAAACAGACCUACAAGAGUCUCUCUUGGGACAGGCCCUUGAAGGUGGACCCACGAUACAUACAACACCUACGAACAAUGUUCAGGCACAAUCGACUGGCGAAGAUUCGAAUUCUAUAUCGGACAACGAGGAAGAUAUGUCGAACAACGAUAGCAUCCUAAAUUCGGUGAAAACCGAACCUAGCGAUAUUUUGAACGAUUCGAUGGAGCAUCAUCGUAGUACCUUCCCAGCUGCACUUUUGGGUCUACAAGGACUUAUGCCUGGACCAUCGGGGAUACAUGCGGCAAAUCAGGAUCCAAAUUACGAUCACGGGCUCGAUGAGGCAGAGGGUGCGGCUUACCACCACCACCACAGCCAUCACCAGCAACAUCAUCGGCACCGUCAUCAUCAUCCACUACCACCCGCUCCUCCUCCUCACCAUCUCCAACCGGCAGGAACGUACGAAGAUGACUCCGACCAAUCAGGGAAUACGGUUGCGGCGACAGCGACUAUCACCACAACAACAGCCAAGUAUCAAAGAGCCCAGCCAGAUUUCAGGCAACAGAGAAUGUUACGUGAACAUCAUCGGCAACACGGUUAUCGUUGUCCACUUUGCUGUAGGACCCUCCAAGAGAUCGGUGCUAUGAGAGCUCACCUGGAUCAUCAUUAUCCUAGAGACUCGCCAACCUGUCCUGUUGUUUCCUGUGCUAAAACAUUUUCCCAUCCUAACAGUGUCCGGAAUCAUAUGAGACUUAAGCAUCCGAUACAAUGGGAUCAGAUUAAAACCCUUAGAUGGACUUACGUUUGAUUAAGAGGGAAUCGAUUAAUAAUCUAAUCGUUUAUUCCUUUUUCAAAUCUCUACUACCUUCUUCUUCUUCUUCUUCUUUUUCCCAAAGAGACCGUCUUUAUUAUUAUUAUUAUUAUUACUAUUAUUAUUAUAAUUUUUAUUUUUAUUAUUUUUAUUAUUAUCAUUAUUGUUAUUCUUUUUCUUCUUCUUCUUGUUCUUCCUCUUCUUUUUCUUUAAAUCGAUAGAAAUAUACGAAAUCAAUCAUGCGUUCGUCAUCGUUUCGGACAUUGCGUGCCAGAUUAUCAUCGCAUAGAGGAGUUCAUGAUUUACAUAGUUAACUCGAAGCUACUAAUACCAUUAACUUCGUAUAAUAAUAUAAUGCUGUACGAAAUCACAUUUAUAUUAUUCUCAACAGUGCCGCUUUAUUUUUCAAAGUUUCAAACACGUGAACCCCCGCCCUCGCCAUCAGCCCGCCACCCACCACCUCGUUACCCUCUUUCACUCGCCAAGUCCGCGUACCGUGUUUCUAUCCCUGAAAUCAAUAAUAAUUAUGAGAAAACGCACACGUUGUAUAUAUUAUAAAAGAGUAUAUAAAAAGAAAAAUUAUAUACAUAUAUAUAUAUAUAAAUAUUAUAUAUAUAGAAUAUAAAUAUAAUAUACAUAGAAUUGAUUUUAUAUAAAAACAUAAACGAAACAGUAUUUCCAGUAGAGCCUGACAAAAUCUAGACGCCGUAGGGUCGUGUAUUAAUUAAAGAAAGCGAAAAAAAAACAAAAAAGAACAAAAAAAAACAAAAAAAAACACAAAACGAAACAAAAAAUACACACAUGGAUACAUGGACACAACACACAUACACACACACUCGCAAACAAGAAAAAACAAUAAAACAAAAGGAAUGUCCAAAAGAAUUGUUUUGGACGAUCCGCAUAAAGUUUUAGAACGAGACGUAUGUAUUUACACAAGAGAAAACAAUGUUCCUCCAAGCUGAGUAAGCCAGCCUUACGAAAAUAAUGUAGUUUUUAAGAGCGUAGUGCCGAUAUAAUAAUGAUUUAACGAACGAAGACAAAAAAAGGGAAGUAAAUAAAAAAUAGAAAAAGAAAAAAAAUAGAGAGAACAACAACAACAGCAGCAACAAAAACAACAACAGCAUAGCGAGUAUUUAGUACAUCCAUGAGAGAAGAAGAAAAAAUUUAAAAAAAUAAAAAAAGAACUAACAACACGCGAGAAAUAGAAUAAUGAUUAUCCAAAAUAGAAUGAUGAUCAUGAAUUUAAAAAUCUUUAUUAGUAGUAGUAGUAGUAGGCCAUACCAAUAUCGUAACGGGUCUUUUUUUUCAUGGUCAUUAUCAAGAGAUUACAGACCCCAUUUGCGUGCGUGUGUUGGUUCUACGUGAAAUUUUGCGCGAAUCGAUUCGAUUCGAUAUUCGACUAUCGAUAUUCGAUAUUCGAAGUGAGACACUCCCGAAAAUUUUUUUAAACGUGUCUUCUUCGUGUACAAGUGCACACAGAAAGAAAGAAAAAAAUGAAAAAUAGAAAGAAAGAUAGAAAGAAAGAAAGAAAGAAAGAAAGAAAGAAAAAAAAGAAACGUUCAAUGAAAAAUGCUCGACCAUCUUCCUACCCACCAACUACCCCACCUCGCCCUACCCCAACCCAACCCAACCCAACCCAACCAACCCUCAAUCCCUACUUUUGAAGCGUUCUACCUAAAUAGCGCCUAGCCUUAUUUUUCUACACAGUUUUAUGUUUCGUCAGUAUUCUCUAGAUUAGAGACUCCAUUAAACGCGAACCGAUUUUGAACACUUUGCGACGCUUCUUUCUAAUCUCUGACCCCGAAGGUAGGUCAACCAAGAAAAAAAAAUAAAAUAAAAUAAAAUAAAGAACAGAAAAGAAAAAAGUCAAAAAUAGGAAAAACAUUUUCCAAUAAAUUUUGUAUAAGAAAAGGAAGAGAAAAACGGAAAAACCUAUAAGUAACUUUGAUUUUGCAUUUGUCUAUAGUUUUAUUAAAACUUCGGAGUCAGAGUUGAUUCGUUAUGAUGUUCAAAUAAUAAUACAUAAUUAUAAUGUAAUCGAAACAUCACGUACAUUACACACACAAACACACACACACAAAUAUACAAAAAUUCACACAUACCAGCGCUUGUAUGAUAGUUACUAUAGAAAAUACGUCGCAAGUGGUCACGUGGACACAUACGAUUAUAAUACCAAGGUGUAUGAGCUGUUGGUUAUACUAGUGGUACACUGGUCAAUUGAUAAUUAUAUUGUGUUAGACAAGUUCACUUUAAUUCGAAACGCGAAGAUCGAUAUUAUUAAUAUUAUUAUUAAUAUUAUUAUUAUUUUAUUAUUAUUAUUAUAAUAUUAUUAUUAUAUUUAUUAUUUUUUUAUUUUUCUUUAUCUAACAUGCGAUAGAUAUAUAUUUAUAGAUGCGAUCUUUUAUCAAGCAUAAUAUCGUUCAUUUGAAUAUUAUUUUUAUCAUCCCGUUGUUGUUACGCGUGAUAAUAUCUUUACCGCUUUCGUGACCGACAGCCCGUAUAACAAACGAUGUACAGAGCAUCGACGAUACGCACUAUUUUAGCAGACAUUAGCUUAUAAAUAUAUGAAUAAAAUAUACGAAAUAAAAAGUAUAUAUAUAUAUACAUAUAUAUAUACUAUUUAAGUAAUGCUUUGUACAAUAAAAGGUAUUCAGUGAA